AUGUCUUCAUCAAACGUUACCAACAGCUAUGCAGAUGCACUUAGUGCUAUCACUACGACAUCCGUAAUGUUUACUCGAUACUGGUGUAUUACAAUGUUUAUUGUAGGUUUCAUUGGACAUUUAUUGAAUCUAUGCGUAUUUACACGUCCGACUCUUCGGACAAAUCCAUGUGCAAGAUACUUCAUGGCAUCGACUAUUGCAGGCUUUGGCGUCAUCCUUAUCGUUUUACCAAUACGUGUUCUUCAAUUUGGUUAUGGUAGAUCCUUAUUUAUACCUUCGGUAUUCCUUUGCAAGUUCUUAACCUUUCUGUUCUCAUGGUUAAGAAUUUUACCCUGUUGGUUCAUAGCACUUGCGUCAGCUGAUCGAUUUUGGUGUACUUCAUCGUCUGUUACAUUCCGUGGUUGGAAUUCUAUUCGCGUUUCUAAUCAUUUGAUUCCAUUAACUACUAUCUUCAUUGCCAUUACACAAGUACCUUUACUCAUCUUCUACACAGUCAGUUCACAACCAGUCGUAUGCCUUGGUCAACCCAAUCUAUUUCAACAAGUCAAUGGUUUCUUUAUCCUAGUUAUCUGGAGUAUGAUUCCAUUUGUCGCCAUGCUUAUCUUUGGCGUGUUGACUAUCCGCAACGUUCGACGAUCGAUACGAGGUGUUGCAGAUGUCCAUGCUGAUAGUAACCGUUAUCGGCGAACUAGAUUUAUCGAUCGUCAACUGAUUCAAAUUAUUCUCAUUCAAUCUCUUCUGUUCAUGGCAACAUCGGCUGCUGGAUCGAUUGGUGGAACAUUCAAUAUACUGGAUGAUAAUUCACGAAAAGAUGCAUUGGUCCUAGCAAAACAAGGUCUGAUUGGCAAUGUGCUCUCGUUCGUUGGCCUUCUUGGCCCGUGUAUAAGUUUUUAUUUGUGCACAUUAUCAAGUCAACUUUUUCGACAUGAAUUUCUUGCUUUUCUACGCCUUCGACAAGAAAAUCCUCCGGAACAAGUCGCACACAUGAUUCCAAUGGAACAAAUCAAUGCAUAG